UCAAAAUGGCGAUGAUGCUGCAGCAUAAAGCUGCAAAAUCAGUCGCACAACCGUCAUCUAAAUACUACACAGGGGACAAAAAUCCAGUUCUAAAUGCUUUUGAAGAAGAGUACAAACUGUUUAUACAAUUUAUGAAGAAGAGAGGUACACCUGGCCAUAAGAAAAAGGAUGAAGAGCCAUUUGCCAGAGGAUCCAACACGUUGUUCAACUUGUGGAACAACUAUGAAGCCAGACUACCUUCUACCUACUACCAGAAGAAAGUCAUCGAGAUGGGAGACUUUCUGGUUUCUAUGAAGGAAUACAACUUGGCUGUAUGGCAGUGUUAUGGACGCUACCUUGAUCAGUUUGGUGAUCUGCACAUUGAAGACAUUGUGGACAUCAAGACAGUGAAGGCGAUUUUCUUCCCAGAUGGUCUCGAGACAGACAAUGCAAGUUUGACGUUCCGAGCAUUGUAUGGAAAGAGCAUCUGUAACUACCAGCUGGUAUUGAUGACCGAUCCCAAGCUUCAGAAUACCCAGUCUGUUGCCCAAUGCCUCAAGAUCCUGGCCUUCCUCAGGCUCAUUACACAAGUGAUCCUGCCAAGAGAAUCACUUUGCUGGUUGGUCUACAAUGGAACAAUUCAUAUCUAUAGUGUAUCAAGACAUAUGAUGACUCUGGGUCACUCUGCAGAGGUAUUGGAGUUUCUACUGUGGGCCUGUAUGUGCAUGGAAAACUCUGUACCCCUCAUGUCUGUGCGUUAUCUACAAUGGAGAACCACUCUGUAUACUGCUGUGUGUCAAAGCUACUUUGACUGCAAGGCUCAUCAACAAUCAGAGACUUUUGCAAGACGGGCCCUAGGAAAGGUGAAUGAAUUGAGUCAGCUAGAACGUAUCAGCUCUGCUCCACCUAGCGUUGAGAUUGAGGCAGUAUUCAGACAGGCAACAGUCAAGCUUGGCAUCAUGGUGUACAGACGUUCAGUGUUUGACCGCAAGCGACCUAAAGGACUACUGCGUCCAAAGACGAGAAGCAAUGUAAAGGACUCGCAGUCGCCUACUGAAGUACGCACAGUCACUCUAGUAGCCAGUGACGGACGCCUCAUCUGGCAUAAAACCACCAAACAACGACUUGACGACCUUGUUAAGAAACAAGGAAAUAUCACGUGGCCUCGUACUCCUGUAGAGAAGUUACUAUCAGACAUGUUUGAAGGUAGUGCUGCUCAGUUCCUGGCCAUCCUAGAGACGCUGACCGAUAGUACUCGCAGGACACUGCUGACCAGUCCAGCUGCACCGGAUACUGAGGAUUAUAUCUUGGAUACUUUCUCAGAGCUGUUCUUUGCUGGCAUGGAGAUCAUCUCAGGCGGAGGAGGGAACCAGCCUCGCAAUCCUCAGACAGUCAAUGACAUCAACCUGUGUGGUGUAGUCCUGGACAAAUCCCUCAUAGAAAUGUCCUCGGCAGCGGAAGAUGGUAUCCCUAUCUCGGCUGUUGUCAAAUUCAUUAAGUCAGCCUACAACUAUGAACAAUGGGAGGUGUAUGAGAAUCUGGUCCAUCCUACCAUUGAGUUUCUCAAGAAUCAACCAGACAAUCGGUAUACCCAUGAACUUCUCUCUGUGGAGAUCAUGCAAGCAAUGGAACCUCUCAAUCCAAACAGAAAAUCUAAGAAGUCUCAUACCCAGGUUGAGGAGAUUAACAUUGAAACUGCUUCUCUACCUCUACCUUUGGCGCCACCAGGUUCCAUAUCCUCUCAGGAUCACUGGGUGUAUCUAGCAGAAGUCCUUCAGGCUUGUGCCAAGGACCUCUCAGCUGAUUCCGUUGACUUGGAUAUGGUUGUCGAUGCUACCCUUUUCCUGUGGGGUAGAGUGAAGACUGUCUUCCAGCGAGUGCAGACUGGAGCGUCCGACAGUGGCAAGUACCUGCAGAGAAUGGACAAUCCUAAUAAGUGGGUGCAUAUUUUGAGUGUGCUCCAUGAGGUGGUGUAUUGGUGUGGUAUUGCUAAUGUGGAUCCAGGACUAACAGCUGAAGUUGGCAUCAGACUAGCUCUAGUCCUUGAGAGCCAGGCUACUACAGAGAUGAAAGAAACCGCCAAAGCUCGAUCUAUGGAUGAUCACCAGAGUGUAGAAGAAGAGCCAUCUCCAUCUCCAUUUUACAAAGAAUCGCCAUUCAGGAGUGAAGGUCGUACCACGGGGUUAGGAAGAGCCAGCGGUAUCACCAUGUAUGCUGCCUCUAUCCUUCAGCAAGGUCCACAGGAGCAGCUCCUCCUGGCUAGAGAGAUCCUGGAGAGGGCCUUACAGGGUGUGUCCUUUGCCAGGUCAGCUGUGGCUCUGACUGAUGGCAAGUCCAUUGCUGAUGUGACCUGGGUCAAGGACUUGAACACGACUGCUCCACCCCCUGAUGAACAACCUGCUUCUCACACUGAUGAGACCCGGCCACCCCCGACCGCUCCAGCUCCAGCUCCAAACACCCAGGAGGAUGAGGAGGGCGCUGAUGGAGUCUUCAACACCAUCAUGGAUCUCCACCUGGAGCUGCUCUACAUGUACCACAGAGUCUGUCUGAAGCUGGCCCAGAUCCAGGGGUCAUGGAAGAAAGCAUCUAAGGGGUCGGCCAAAGCAUCUGUCAAAGGGUCAACCAAAGGCUCGGCCAAGAGUACUGCAGUGCCCAGCAGGAUUGGUAGCACCAGAAUUACCAGAGGGAAUGAACUGGACAGCAUGGCUAUAGAUACCGUAGAGGAGCUGCUGGAUUUCUGUGAUAAGAACCUUAUUUCUAAGGCACUCUUUGCCAUGCAGCAGGCGCUUCAAGCUGAUAAGGGUGCUGGACCAAGUCAACAGCAGAAGCAGCUUCUACAGGAUGCCAUGAACUACAUCACCAAAGCCCAAGACCAGGAGCUGAAACUCUUCAACAACAAUGCGAAGGAGAAAGAAGAAGGCAGUGUACGGGAUUGUGGCGUUCCACCAGCACCAUUGCUUGUAUGUCGAACUGAUAACAGCAUGGUGUUUAAACCUGCUCCAUUCAACCCUCCUCAGAAGGUUGCAUGGUACCGUCUAUUUGCUCGAAAGUCAAGUGGUAGCAAUGUUAAAGUCAGGUUGAAUGACUACAUUCUUCCUGGUACUGGUGAAGAGGUUCCUGCCUAUGACUGUGAGCUGCGUGUGACAGGGUUAAAGGUCAAUGAGCGUUAUGUGUUUGCUGUGGCAGCAUACACUGAUGAUGGUCAGCUGAUAGGGAAUGCUAUAGGAGAUACCAGUAGGCCUAUCCUAGCAUCGCAUCCUCUCCCUGUUCUCAUGACAUGGGCAUUCCUUGGACAGGCUGCAUACCAGGUUGGAUGUUAUGAGAUUGGACUGAGAGCCAGUAGAGUUCUGUGGGAUCACUUUGUGGCUCCAAUCCCUCCUCCCUCUGCUGAGAUUCAAACUGAGACAGCAAGAGAAGACUACAAGCUUACACUCAGAAAGUUGAAUCCAGAGAUAGCAAGUGUGGCCUCUCCCCUGCUGCUGAGAAUGUUUCUGAGUAGCAUCUUCAUCAAUGUGGACAUCUCUAUGAGAGAUGGAAACAUCUACUGUAACAAGCUCUGCGACACCGGACCCUACUACAAAGGCCAGACCCAGAGACUUGAGAACUGUGAGCGGAUGCUUGUAGCCAUUGAGUUAGCUGGCUGGUUGAACGAGACUAACAUGGCUCUCCAAGCCGUUGUACAGUGCUAUGGACUACUAGCCCCUGUCAUUCACUACAAGAUUCCAUCUAUUCCUGUUGUACAGGUGUUGACUCAGUGCUGUGCGGUGCUGCAGGAUAUCCCCAACAGCAUGAGACAGCGUCGGCAGCAGUCUGUGUCAGACAGCCUGCAUCACAUGGUUGCUACGAUCACCUUCUACAUGGCCAAGGUGCUGAGGACAUGGAAGCAGAGAUCUCUAGCCAAUCAUAUCAUUGAGAGCGGCAAGAAGAUGCUGGUUGUGGAGAAGGAUGAGGGUAAGGGUGGGAAGUCUGAAGGAGGUGCCAUGGACUUCAUAGAGGAUGGUGAGGGUGGAGGAGGAGGAGUCAAUGUGCCCCAGAAGAAACGUAGGGCCAAGCGGUCAGGACAGCCAGCAGUAGCUCUGGAGGGUGUGCAGAAUGAUGAGCUGAGAGCCCUGGAAGCUCACAUGCUGAGACUCUCACGUAUAGCUCACAAUGCUGAUGAGUUGACAGGCUCUGAAGAUCCAAACAUCCUCCAUGCCUUCAUAGCCAUACUACCAAGUAGACUUGCAUACAGAGAAGUGGUAAAGUUUCGUCGUCGGGCUCGUUACCUGGAGUUCUUUGUUCAGGUUGUACAGAAGGCACUGAGUGAAGGAUUGGUGGAUAUGGCCAUUGAAUGGUGUGAAGAGACCAUCACAUGGCUUGUUAGACGAAAUGACCAGCUAUCAGCAGUGAAGGCUACCCUCAACAAAGGACCAGGUGGAGCUAUUGUAUCAGGAGAUGAUCCUAAGAAGUAUGCUGCUGCUGUCCUGGAAUACUCCAAGACUGCCAGUACCAAGCAAGCUCAAGCCAAGCAGCCUGAUACGAAGCCAGCUCGAAGACGAAGGAAGAAAGGUUUCCAGCUCUUGGUUCACAUGAGAUCCAACAUUCGUAUGUCUGACUCUGCCAAGCAGCAGCAAGAAGAUAAAGAACUCAUGGCUUUUGACACACUGGAAAGCACCUACCCAGAGUUCUACCGCACUGCUCGUAAGAAGAUGAGGCUGAGGCGCAUUUCUAAUGAUGAGAUGCCUUGGAGAUCACAGAUGAAUAUCCUGCAAGGUUUGUGUCAUUUUGGACAGUUUCUGGGCAAGGUUGAGAAGAGAAACAAACUUCUUGGGCCGACAGCUGGAGAUAUCUACAGGUCCUCCUACCUGGACAAUGAGUGGUUCACCUUUGAGACUGCCAGCACUCUUGUGGUAGGAUGGGAAGGGGGUGCCUCGAGGACGGCGACGCGCGAGGGAGAUGCCGUCUCUCAGAGUGACCCCAUCGUCCAGCAGCUAAGGCAGAUAGAUGCAUACGACAUGAAUCCAUACCUCACCAACCAACCAUCGGGUAUUGAGGCUGCUGCUCUCGCUUCAGUUGGAGAGCCUGUGCCAGUCCUUCCAGGCCCUCCAGAUGACAAGGAAUCAGACACUAUGAAGACAUACCGAUCUACAGAGACUGGCAAGAGUGGUCCCAAUGCCAUUCAGCCAUCGGUAGACAUUAGUGGUUUCACUCUUGAGGCUACGAUCGAUAGUCUCACCAAAACAUUUGAACAUCUGAGGAAAGCUGUGAUACUAGCCCAUCGUGGUCACCACUGGUCCUUGCUCCAGAAUGCCUGCCGUAGCAUGUGGAACUGUGCCCACACAGCCAUCCUCUACUGCUUCUCAGGUGGUCAUUCUGCAGGACUCCUGACUGUAGAUGCCUUGAGAGGAGUGGUGUGGUUCCCUUUCUUCUUGGCUGUAGACUGUCUGCUUGAUAUGCUGGUCCAUCUGCAGAAUGAGACGGAUAAGCAGAAUAAGAAGAAGGAGUCUCAGCCUGAUGUCCUACUCAACACCUGGGUUGGUUCUGUAUCUGAUGAGAAAGGUGGUGCCAGCCUCAAGUUUGAAUCCCCUCUGGAUGAUGUGAGCAGUGUAGAUUCCCGCUGGAUCAGACGUAUGGUGCUACGGGUCAUGGAGAUGCUCUACUAUGAACAGAAGUGGGAGAGGCUGGCCGAUGUGGCUAUGAGAUUCAAUGUCCUGACUCAGGAGCGUUACUCGGAGGUAGUCAGCCCUCUCUUAGUCCAGGCCCAGCGCAAGCUAGUCUCCAGGGUCCUGGCCUACGGAGGAGAGUCUCCGGUCCAGGCCCACUUCAAGGCUGCUGCUGAGAAGCAUGGUGUGGACAAGGUGACUGCUGAUAACUACAUGGAUAUACAGCUGAGGGUAGCCUUUGAUGAGACCAUGAUGAAGCCUCUGGACAUGGGUGGUAGGAUCGACCCUGAGGGACACCAUGUCUAUGGAGGAGCAUCAGAUGCAUUCAAGGUGUCCAGUGUUCCUUUGGACAUAGAUGACAGUCUGGAAGGAUUCCGCCAUGCUUUGGAGAAGUCUAACUACACUGCCAGAGCCCUGCAGCACAGCAGACGUCUCAUGGUCCUCUACCUGGCUACUCAACAGAAUGCUCAGCCAAGCAUGAGCCCAACAGCAGAGCAAAGCAGAGUGGGCUUCUCGGAGACUGAUGACAAGCCUCAGAUACCAGUGCCCCCUGACCUCAUGAGGUCAGAGUUCAAGUCAAUGUCAGAGGUCGAGACUGCUGCCCUCCCUACCUCCCAACUUGCUGUGGUUGUGUCCUCCUAUGACAAGACAAUAGAAAUGUUGAUGGCCCGUAAGCAGUCAGGCUUAGCAGCUCAAGCCAUGCAUGAACUGGGUAACAUCCACUACCAUGCUUCCAAUAUCAAGGCUGCAUACAAAUGGUGGAGUGAAGCCUUAGAUCUGAUCUUAGGAACCAACGACACCUUGACCACAUGGAGAAGACUACUGAGUGACCAACAAGCAGAGAAUGUUAGCAGUCAACUGCUUGACCGAUGCGGCAUGUGGGGAUGUCUUCUAGGGGCUAUGCUGGCCGCUAAGAUUGCUCAGUAUGUUUUAACCUCUGACCUUGGCAUGAAACUGGAAGCCUGUUUCUUGUCGGCGUUCCUCUUCAAGGCUCUGUUCCGUACGACCCUGCCCCACCCCACCGCAGACAGGGACUACGCCCUGUAUGAGAUUGGUGAAGGGUGUGAGGUGCAGUACCUGGUCCCAGGGGUGGAUCUCCUCUCGGACCGGUUCCGAUGUGAGGGCAGGAGCUUGAUAGCAACAUUGCGAUGGGUCGCGGAAGAAUUGUCAAGAGCCAAACAUAAUCUCAUGGUACUUCCACUACUGACCCUCUACCAGUACAUUGUGACCUUCUUAUGUCGUGACCUUCAGAGAGCUGUGGAUGGCAGAAUCCUGAAGUCGAGGAUCCUGACAGAUCUAGGUCUGUACAAAGAAGCCUACAUCGUCCUGGGACGGUUACUGCAUGGAGAGAGACUCCCACAGACGGCUGACAAGAACUUCAGACAAGUGGAAUCUAAGAUGCUGAUACAGAAGUUUGACACUGGAAAACCACUGACAGAGCCAGCAAAUCUGAAGAUGCUUGAGUACUUGAUGGAGAAGCGUGUGUCUCCAUCUCUGGCGAUUCUCUAUGGCCCACACAUGACUUGCCACCUGUCCCUGGCUCAGACUCACCUCAUGGUGGCGCUAGCAUCGACUAUACACGUCAUUCCAGAGAAGGAAACAGUCAGCCAAAGUCCUCCACAGCGUGCAUCUCCUGUCACAGUGAGCUCAGUCAAUAGACCUAGCAAGACCUCCAAGAAAGACUCUAAGAAUGGCCAGAAAUUGAUCAAGGAUGAUGAUGAUAACUCCCUACACAGUGUUCCUCUGAGUGAGGUGACAGUGAAGAAGUUUUCUAGUGGAUCCAAUCUGCUCACUCUUGAGAAGAUCAAAGGUACUCUUCUGAGCACUGCUGAUCAGGUGUUGAAACUGAUGGUGGAGGUACUUCAAGAACACUCUCCGAAGAAUCUCUCAGCGUCUGAGCUAGAGUUGGUAGUCCUCACCAAACUUGAGCAAGCAGCCAUCUUGAGAGAGUAUCAUCUAUCCCAGUCUGGAGCUGCAGUGGUUAUCUCUGCUCUUCAUGACAUCCAAGCCAGUGAUCUCUUCAGGGAAACAAGGAAGUCCAUCUCUCGUCGCAGACCCUCAUCAAUGAAAGGCAGCCGCACAAAGCUCUCAUCCAACAUGUUCAAUACCAACAUAGAGAGCAGUGAGGAAGUCAUUGAUCAGCCUCAGUAUCAGUAUCAGAACUUCCAGAGUCGCUCCAGACUGGAUGCUCGUCUCUGGCUUGACUGUCGUCUCUCUCUGGUCAAGUGUCUUAUGAUGCAGAUCAGAGGCAUGGGUGUCUUACCAGGUGCUGGUGGUGCUGGUGAAGUUGGUGAGUGUCGUCAGUACUGCAUGCAGGGUCUGACCGAAGCAGAAGCCUGUGGGGAUGUGGAGAUGCAAGCUGAGUUCCUCAUGCAGGGUGCCUUGCUGGAUAUGCAUGAUGGUAGAGCAUUGGAUGAUGUGCAACACACCCUCAAGGAAGUAAUCAUCCUGCUGAGUAGUCAGCAGACCCUGUCCCCUCCUGCCAGUCUGUUGGUCAUCUUAGCUAAGGUCCAGCUGGCUGACCUAGAGGCCUUGACCACUACGGCCUACCAGCAGAAGCAUGGCUGCCCCAUCACAAAGCAUCUGCUCAAGGCUUACCAAGAGACACAGGAUAUGUUGCUGCAGCAGAUCAAGUUGCUUGGUGACUCCACAUCCCGGCACACCAUCCACCCUGAACUGUCUGCCCCUACCAGCCCACUUCAGAACUUAUACCUUCCACACCUGCUGUACUUGGCCAAGAUCAAGCUACGAUUAGGACACGCCUUGGCUAGACAAGUUACCACAGCUCAGGAGGUCAAGUCAAAGAAGAAUGCAGAGAAGGUUGAUCCUCUGAAGGCCUGGGCCAUCAGUGCGGGUGUCCUGGGUACUGCCUUAGAGCUCUGCAGAGUAUGUGUGAUCAAGGAUGCUGCAGUCCUGGCUGAAGUCUACCUACAGCUAGGCAAGGUUCAGAGUCAGCUACACCAGAGAGGUGGUCCACGGGCCUGUGAGGCUAGGGUGGUUGGGAACACACUUAUGGAGGCUAUCGUGACCAGCAUGGGGGCCAAUCAAGACCUAGGGUUGAUCCGACAAGCAUACCUUGAGAUGGCAGUGGUAUAUUUCAGCAGUAGUCAACAGCCAGAGCCACCAAUGCCCCCACCAGACACUGCUACAGAGAAGAAUGUUAUCCCCUCUAAACCUUCCAGCACCAAGAAGAAAGUCAGAACUCCAUCAGCAAAGAAGUCCGCCCACAUCACCUCAGCCUCCAACAAGGCUUCAACGAAGAAAGACGAGGAAAGACAGAACUUCAUCAAGGAUAGACAGAACGAGAGACAAGCUGCCUGGACUGCCCUGCGUUGUGCCACAGCUAUCGCUCUUGCUCAGCGGACCCAGACGCUGCUGAUUGGUGACCCCAGUGUGACCUCUCUCACCCUGACAGAGAAGGUCAAAGAUCAACUAUCGGCUCCUAUUCAACAGGAUCUGUUCGGUGAUAUGAAUGGUGACACAGUAGUGCUGACUCCCCCUCCCACAGCUCUGACCAGCAACCAGCCACUGGAGCCGGUGGAGGAGACUCUAAGCAGGGACAGACGCAGCGUCACUGUCCUCACUAACACCGGGGGCAUGGGCAAGGAGGUGCGGGUCUCCCUGACAUGGAUCCAUCUCCUGGCGUAUACCUCCAUCCUGCAGAGGAUGUGUAACCUGGAUACCCUGGCACUAGGAGACAAUGGCACUUCAUCACCAAUUAAUGGAGGCAACCUUGGAGGCAACUUUGACCUUGGUUUUGUGGACCACAGCGGACAGGACACAGGCGUUAACCAUGAGAUAAUACGUACCCCACUCCUGAACAGCCACGCCUCACUGCGCCUACAGACCAUGGUCAGCUUCCUCACCAACAAUCUCCCCAUCUUUGCCUCUUCAUGUCUGGCCAUCACCCCUCCCAGCAUCCUCCAUCUCCCCUCUCCCUCAUCAUCUGAUCCAAUCUCUGAGGAUGCCCCCUUAGUCAUACCCACGGUCACCUACCCAGCCAACAGCUACACAGUACCUCUCAUCUGCGAGCCCACUGGGCAGGCAGCUCAGGGGCGUAGCCUGGAGAAGCUGGUGACGGGGGGUGAUGAGACGGAGCUCUGUUUCCAAUGGUAUCAGCCAAGCUAUGAUGACAUCACUGUGGGAGAAGGAGGUGGUAGUGGCGAGAAGGGACGUGGAGUCUAUCUGCUUUAUGCACUGUGUCAGCUGCCUGUAAAAGGAUCCGCUAAGACUAAGAAAAGUCCUUCCCCUCCACCAACCUUGGGUAAGAUAACCCUAUCCCUCUCUCAGCUGACUGACCUCCAUGACAAGCUAGCCGUAGUUCGUCAACGAGCCGAGAUAUCCCUCUCCGAGCAGCCCAAGCCCCCUAGCACCCCAGCUGCAAGCUCUCAUGGGGGCACCAACACACCCACAUCGGCUGGUAGCUCCUCCGGUAGCAAACCCACCAGCAGGAAGUCUAAGCGCACCCAUCGCAUCGCCCAACUCUCAGCCAAGGUUAAGAAAGAUGAAGACCUAGAGGCUUUGUUGAAGCAAUGUGCCCUGAUUGUAGAGCAGCUACUGGAAGGAAAAGAAGAUUUUGAACCAAAGCCUGGAUAUAAUAUCCCAUUUGAUGUGAAACUAGCCAGCAUUCACUGUCUUGAGCAGCUGUUUGAUCCUAGCUACGGUGACUGUAUGAGUGAUACUAAGAUUCUAACCUGGAUGCUCUCAUUCCUACAGCCAGCUCCAACUAAUCAAGAGGAAGAUUAAUGCUUAUACACUCCUUUGACAGUAAAGCCUAUUCAGUCAAACCUGCUUUAGUGACUGUCUACGAAGGCCACAUUCGUUGUUUCCCUUGAAGAUGGUUUCUCAUUGAAUUAUGUACUAAAGGAACCUGUCUACAAAGACCACCUGUCUACAAAGGCCACUUUUUUUUGUUUCCCUUUGGCGGUCGCUAUAGAUAGGUUUGACUGUACUUGAUAUUGCAUGAUAUCAUUCCAAAUAUGUGACCACACAAUUAUUAUACAAAAUAAAAGGGAUAUUUGUCUUGGCAAACCCUAUUAAAAGUGCAAGACAUAUAAUUGAUUGAUCUAUACAAUUGGGGUGUUAUUUUAACGGCAAGGUUUUAUUGGAUGUUAUAUUAGCCCUAAAACAUACUGUACUCAAGCUAAUUAAGUCCUCUUUCUAUGGGUUAAAACAAAAUUAUUAUUAUUUGUGAAUCUACAUAAUUUCAUUGGCUUUGAGUCAUUCUUCAAAUUGUUCACAAUUGGGCUACCUGUUGUCCAUAAUUAGAGAAUUAUAGUAUUAUUUUAAAACAUUGAUAAUAGUUGUCGGCUGCCCACAAGGAGGCUAUUACUGCCAAUGACAAUACAUAAUUGUUAAGGCCCUCUUAAUGGCUGCUAAUGAUUUGUGCAGUGUAAAGGUAUGAUGAGCAGACCAUAUUUAUUGUCACCAAAGCAAGCAAACAAAAAGAGAUUAUCCUAAGAGAUUUUUUACUGUGCAGAGCAUUAAUUUCAAGAAAACAUGUCGUACCUUUAAGCUAUUAUUCACAAAAGUCUUCUCACAAUACAACCCCAUGUACUUUCACUGUGAUGUGUAGUUACUGAUAAAUAUACAAUUAUUUCAGUUACAGUAUUACUUUGUCUUGAGUCAUACAUAUCAUAGAUACGCGGAGUACAUUCAAUGACCUGAGGAUGCAUGUUUCAAUUGCAAUCACAUUGUGAUUGAUCAGUGUAUCCUACACAUAAUUCCUACAAUUUUGAGGACAGAAAAGAAGAGAGCCUGAAAUCCUCCCAAAUUGCCAACCCUCGAGAGCAUGCUGGUGUGCCAUGCAAUUAAUCUUUGACCAAUGGGGCAGUCCAAUUGUUGUUCUUAGUUGAAAAGACUGAUGGAUUGAAUGUGACAUCAAGUGUAGAAUUUAUUGGCAUGUCUCGCACAAUUCGAUAGAACGCUGAAAAACAAAACUGGUUUGGCUCUAAUUUAUUUCCUAUUUUUUUAUGAGGAUGAUUCCGGGAGCUUUGUAAUACCAAGCUUUUAUCAAAAGUACAUAUUCCUGAGGCACUCUUAUGGGGGAACAAAGGGGUGGAUCAAUUACAGAAUGUGCAGUUUGCAAGCUAAUAUAUCAGAUGACAAAUUGAUGAUUGCAAGUAUGAAUUCAUGUGCUAUAAAUAUAUACAAAACUACAUUGCCUUCAACUUGGUCUAUGUCAUGAACUGAGAGGGAAAAAUUGAUUUGAUGCUCAAAAAUGAACUUCCAUAAAUGAUUACCUGAAUGAGAUACAUUUAUUGUAAAAAUGUAAAAAUGCAUUUCUCAAGGGAAAAUAAAUGCAUGAUCGGAUUUCUUUCUUCAUUAACUCCAUUCAAUUUGAAAGGUUAUAGUUUAAAAAUAUAAAUUUCAGUACCAAAUUACGAAGAUCUAAUUAAUAAACGACGCAAAUCCUAGUGCAAAAACCACUACCCAACCUCUCCUUCCUAUGAAUAAUCAAAUAUACCAUCAUCAAAUUAUAUUGCAGAUACUUUAUAUCUAGUCAAGUAAGGCAAUUUGUAUUUUGUGUGUGUAUGAGAUUUAAAUCAGAUGAAGAUUGCCUCCUUAGGCUAGCUAAAUUUGCAUUUUCCCCUUGAUUGAAGAGGAAUUAAGGAUGACUCCAGCUCCGAAUCUAGCAUUUUAUUACUGCGAUGUUACUGGGAGAGAGAGAAGAGGCAUUCUUACAUCCCAUAGUCGUCCACCUGUUUCGAUUACCAAUUUCCCCUUCCCUCAAGGCUCUGUGCAAAUCCAUUUGUAUUUAGACAGUAGCGAAAGAGACAACCCUGCACUCCUAUAUCCCAUUAAACUACUUCAGUGAGUCUCUAUAUACUGAGGAGGUCAUUUAUUAACACAUCAAACGCCUUUAGCAUUUUGUUUUGGUCCACAGUGAUUGAACCUCUUGUAAAUGGCACCCACGGGAUGUAUCCCACUUUCUUAUCCUCAUUCUAGAUUGAUCCUAUGUCUCUCUCUCCCUCUCCCCCCUCCGCUCUGCCUGUCUUUCUCUCUCUCUCUCUCUCUCUCUCUCUCUCUCUCUCUCUCUCUCUCUCUUUGCCCCUCUAGUUCUGUCUUCAUGCAGUCUCUAUUUUCCCCCUUUUCUCACUUUCUCUUCCCUCUCUCCAUUUUACUUUGUGUGUCUGUUCUUUCCAUUUGUUUCAGCAAUGUCUCAAAUUUUCGUAAUAAGGGUUUGAAAUCUCUUGUAUAUUUUCUCACCUCUGAAUCUAACUAUCUUUGUGUUUCUGUUUUUCUCCUAGACCCCCUCUCUCUCUUUCUCACUCUUAUCUCCCCCCCCCCCCCCCCCUCUCUUGAAUUCUCCACAUCGCUCUUGCAACAGGAAUAGCUGUCUCCCACCUCAUCAUUCCCCUGCAUCUCUCCUUCCAUGCCCUUCUUCCCCCUACUCUAUCAUUCUAUCUUACCUCUCCCUGCCUCACUGCCUGUCUUCCACGCAAGAUUAAUGGGUAAAUCCCUCGAUUCGGGAGCUACGUGAAUGAACGCUAAUUCGACAUGGCAGGGAGAUGCAUUACAUCCAACAUAGCCUCCAGAAAACAUUAUCUUUCUUGUAGCAGCAAACAGAAGAGAGUAAUCAAUUAUAAAACAAAAGAUGAGUAAUGUGUUCUGGCUUGAGUAGGGUAAAUUUGUAGAUUUUUUCCCUUCCCUCUUGAAUCUCAUAUUCCAGUGCCUGUUUGUGAUUGAUAUGCCUUUCAGAUGAGGUCUAUGUCAGGAGGGAAGCAUGAAAAAGCGUAUUUUUUCAUUUGUAAUUAUGGAAAUGAUCCGAAACAUCACAUUGUCGGGAUGCAGGCUUCUAGCAGUAAUGGGUUUUCAAAGAGUAAGAACAUGUUAAUCAAUUCUGCUUAUACUAUAUGGGACAACUGACACUUUCUUUAUGGUACUAGGUUUUUCAUUUAUCCUAUCACUCUUCCUCAACAUGUACAUAUUUAGUGUUAGAUAAACAAACAAACCUGUCAACAAUAAUUGCCCUAUACGACUUUAUCACACAAAAUGUAGUAAUCUGUUAAAAAUCUGAUUUUGUAAAUAUAUAAUGAUGAUUUUUAUUGGCUAUUCACAUAGAAUGACAUUAUGCAUAAUAUAUUUAUAAAAUGUUUAUGAAUAUGUAUGUAUUUUUAAAGAUUGUAAUAAGAUAAGGUGAUUGUCAAAUGAUUGAUAGAGUGCUUCUAUGUAUUUAUUCAUUUUAUUCUUCGAUCUAACUAUCCGUCCAACCUGCUGUGUUGAAUUGUUGAAUAAUAAAUAAGUGUUUCACCCUUAUCCCUGUA